CAAAGCAGCGGUCCACACUGUUCAACUCCCUAAAUCGCCUCCCCGCCAUUUCUUCCCUUCAACAGAAACCAUGGAAGAAGACGAUUUUCUUCAAUCGCGGAACAAAUCAGAAUGUAACGAUGCUCCAAAUGAGAACGGCGAUAGCACUCUCGCUGAUCCUUGUCCUCGGCGAUCAGAUCGCAUGGCGGCCGACCCUGGCGCAAACCCUAGACCCCGGCGACGCCGCCGAAGCCGCAUCGGAAGCCGCAGGCCCCGUCGCCGCAGCCGCAGAUAACCCCGCGGCUGUGCAAUUCCUCACGCAGGCGAUGUACAAGCGCUUCAACAAUUUCUCCGCCUUCUUCGGCCCCGACGUCAGGAAGCAUCUCCGCUUCUGCAUCAGAGAUAUGGAUGCAGAGUGGGAUAAGGCCUUUAAUUUCUCCAGGAACACCAAAUUUUUGGCGGACUGCAUUACAAAGGACAGAGAGGCUAUGCAGCGGAUGUGCACGGCGGCGGAGAUGAAGUUCUACGGGCAGAGUCUGUUGGGGGGAGGAGGGCUGAGGGGCAGUUAUUAUCUGAGGCCUAACAAGAACUGCAACCUGACGAUGUGGCCGGCAGGUUGCGAGCCCGGAUGGUCGUGCAAUAUCCGGAAAGAAGACAAUAUCAACAUCAAAAAGGACAAAGAGAUACCCUUGAGGAUUAAUGACUGUCAGCCUUGUUGUCCUGGCUUCUUCUGUCCUCAUGGCCUUACUUGCAUGAUCCCCUGCCCGUUGGGAGCUUACUGCCCUCGAGCUCAGCUCAAUAAAGCCACCGGCGUCUGUGAUCCGUACCGCUAUCAACUACCGCCAGGACAAGCCAACCACAGCUGUGGCGGCGCUGAUAUUUGGGCUGAUUUUCAAACUGGCUACGAGUUGUACUGUCCUGGGGGAUUCUACUGUCCAACCACCACCAUAAGAACCCCCUGCAACAAAGGAUUUUUCUGUAGGUCUGGUUCCACUAACCAGAUGCGUUGCUAUCAGCUCGCAGGCUGUGACCAGCAAUCAGAGAAUCAAAACAUCACGGCUUAUGGAUUAAUCUUCUUCGUUGCGAUCACUAUGAUCCUUGUCAUCAUAUACAACUGCUCGGGGCAUGUCCUGAGCGAUCGAGAGAGGAGGCAGGCGAAGUCGAGGGAGGCUGCAGCUAGGAGUGCACGGGAGACUGUCCAGGCUCGGGAGAGAUGGAAGUCGGCCAAAGAUGUUGCACGGAAAGGUGCAGAACUAACGGCACAGUUGUCACGGACAUUCUCGCGGAAGAAGAAUGAGCAGCAUAAAGGGUCUAAAGAUGGUGACCACAAAGGGAAGAAGAAAAAAGAAGACAAUCUCGUGAAGAUGCUGCGUGACAUCGAGGAGAAUCCUGAUAGCGAGGAGGGGUUCAACUUGGAGAUCGGGGACAAGAAUCUGAAGAAGCAGGGGAAGGGGAAGGCGCUGCAAACGCGCAGCCAGAUCUUCAAGUACGCGUACGGACAGAUAGAGAAGGAGAAAGCAUUGCAGGAGCAAACCAAGAACAUGACAUUGUCCGGUGUCAUAUCUGUGGCUUCUGAUAUGGAAUUCUCGAAUAGGCUGCCAAUUGAGGUGUUCUUCAAGGACUUGACUCUCACGUUGAAGGGGAAAAAGAAGCAUCUCUUGAGGUGUGUGACGGGGAAGCUCGCGCCUGGCCAUGUUUCUGCUGUCAUGGGUCCCUCCGGUGCUGGGAAGACGACAUUCCUCUCAGCCUUGUUGGGAAAAGCAGCUGGAUGCACCAUCACCGGCUCUAUCCUCAUCAACGGGAGGAACGAUCCUAUGCAAUCAUACAAAAGAAUUAUUGGUUAUGUUCCUCAAGAUGAUAUAGUUCAUGGAAAUUUGACAGUGGAGGAGAAUCUCUGGUUCAGUGCUAGAUGCAGACUCGCGGCUGAUCUUGACAAAGCAGAGAGAGUUCUUAUUGUUGAGAGAGUAAUCGAGGCCCUGGGGUUGCAGCACAUUAGGGAUUCCGUUUUUGGUGUAGCCCUGCUAACGAAGAUCGCUGCUUUGAGAUCGUUUUCUCUGGACAAGCUGCAUUAUUGGAGGGAGAGAACUGCUGGCAUGAGUAGCUUGGCUUAUUUCCUAGCUAAAGAUUCGGUCGAUCACUUCAACACCAUGAUAAAGCCCGCUGUCUAUCUAUCCAUGUUCUAUUUCUUCAACAAUCCCAGGUCUACCAUUUUCGAAAACUACUUGGUCUUGCUGUGUCUCGUGUACUGCGUUACUGGCAUAGCCUACGUUCUUGCCAUCUACUACGAGCCUUCUCCAGCCCAACUGUGGUCAGUGUUGCUUCCUGUUGUUCUUACGCUCGUUGCCAACCAAGACGCGGCCUCAUUCGCGGCAAAAAUAGGAAAUUUUUGCUACACAAAAUGGGCUCUGGAAGCAUUCCUGCUUACAAAUGCAGAAAGGUAUUCCGGGGUAUGGCUUAUUCAGAGAUGUGGUGCAAUCAAACAGAGAGGCUAUGACCUCGAAGACUACUACCCGUGCUUGGCCUACCUCAUUGCAACCGGUAUUUUCAGUCGAGGGGUGGCCUUUUUCUGUCUGGUCACUUUCCAGAAGAAAUAGUUAUAGAAGAUGUAGCUGGUUUUGAUUUUCUUGCAGCAGAUGUAAAUGGAGGGCAGGGUUCAUAGUUAGGAAAAUUUCCAGACAAGCAUUGUCAUGGCAGGGAGUUAUAGUACUAUGUUGUUGUAUCAUAUUGCACAAAAUUCUUGCCUCUGGGGAUGUAUAUGUGGCCUACCAAUGAGAUGUAAAUAUAGACAAGGAUACUGAUUAAUUAAAAACUUGUUACAUAUA